UAGAUAGAUAGAUAGAUAUAUAUAUAUAGGUGGCCGUUGGUGUGGGUCAUGUCCUCGGAGAUGUUUACAUUUACAUACUGCAUGUUGCAAAAUCUUGAUGCAAGCAGGCUCAGUUGCCUUACUUUAGUCAGUGCAAUGCGCCAUGCUUGCCAGCGAUCGUUUGAAGAUGGACCGGUACGCACUGGACUAAGCGAGGUGAAAUGCGCAUCAGGAAGAUCAGCUGGGCAACUUACUUUCAGGGAGUUGCGAUUGUUCUAAUCAUUUUUCUCACCUGGUGCUAUUUGCAAAGUCCACUUAGCCCGGUGUCAGAUGCAGUGCCCAGCACGUCGGCGCUCAAGAGUUUUCGCCGCGACCACUUGGAAGGGGAAAGCGAGCCGAACGAGCCAAAGGAUGCUAAGGAGGUGAGCCAAAAGAGCGACAGCUUUCAAGAAAGUGAAAGUAGGUGGGUGAUGCCAAGGGUUCUCUCAAUGAAGCAAGAGCUCGUGGCUUGGAUCAAUGGGGUUGCAACUUUCCAAGAAGUUGAAGCCUUGAAUAUGUUGAGGAAAACUCUCUCCGAUGGCCGAGAUUCCUUAACGAUUUCAAGGCAAUUGCACAAUCUUCGGCCAGAUGGCUGGAUGUUUUGCGUGCAAGAGGGUGAAGUAUGUCAUUGCGAUGGUGGAAUCACGAGGUAUGGAGACUUUGACAAAGAUGAGUGGGUGGAGAGGAAUGAACCCAAAUCUCCCAUUCUUUGCAUUCAUGCUCAGUACGGGCUGACUCCAGAGAAGGACAUUUCGCCUGGAAAGGUAAAAUAUUGCCAAUGCAAGACUGGAGGCCUUAAGUGUCCAGAAGGGCAGCCUUACCACCCCGAACGUUGCCCUCAAGGAAUUAACAAGCCGUGUCGGGCUGGCUGUGUUGCGAGGAUGCAGAGGUCUGCACUGUCACCAGUACAUUCCUCCAAGCUUUGCGAGAGGAUGCGCCCCAAUGAGUUGAUCUGGUCUUGUCAGAAGCAUUUGUCCUUGAAGCCGCAAAAGGGUCACAAACAUUCAGAGGCAGAAGAGUUGUUAGAGCGAGCCACUGAAAAGCUUUGUGAGGACAGGCUGCUCGCACCUGAAAUGGAGGUGUGGCUUGAGUGUGAUUUCCUUAGUCAGUUUCAGCGCUGGACUAGCUCUUCUUCUCCUUGGAUUGAGGAAGCCUAUGUGACAUAUGUCGGCGGUCCAAGGGACAGUACUUUCGAAUGGCAAGCCACAAACUUGAUUCGUUCCAUUGACCUUUUUUCAACUCGGCCUUUGGUUGUGGUGAUCUUUGGGAAUGAGUUUGUACCACCCCUGCUCUGGCAAAACAUGCGUCAUGUCAUUGUUUUUAGAAUGCGCCAUAUCUCGAGAGGGGUGUCCUUCAACUUCAACAAGAUUCGGUCUAUCCUGGCUGCUCGAGUGAUUGUUGGCAUACAAUUGGAUACUGACCAACUCAUUUUCAAGUGGAUGGAUGAAGUCUUUGAAGGCACCAAGCGCGAGUGCAAUGAGCGCUACCCUUGGCCCAUCCUGCCAGUACACUGGAUGUCUCGUGAUGACACACCUGGAAACCCAUACGCGCACUAUGCUUUCAAAGGUUGGGAUGGUCCUCAGACCAUGCGAUGGAACCAUGCCCACCCAACUUGGUCGUUUUGGGCAGUGAUCUUCUUCGGUGACUUGAUGCAUGAACGCAUGCUCGCUGCCACUGGAAGACGGACUUCUACUGUGAUCCACGAUUUGGAGACGGUGCGGAACGGCUCCAUGGGCCUCAUGGACCUAGUGAGGCAAGGAAACAAGGCUAAGGUCAGUCGGCACGUGGAGAUGAGCAAUGCAAUGUGGGAAGAUGAAGAUAUGAUCAAUGUCAACCUUUGGCGGCAUAAGGUCAGCAAAGCGUGGUGCAAGUUUGACUUGGAGCCGAACUUAUUCCUUCUUCGGAAGAGCUUAGAUCGAAACCUCUUCUUUGAUCCCAAAUGGUACCCUCAAGGUGUGCCUGUACUUUUUCUGUCGAUUCACAACACGAAGAACUUUGAUCCCUCUGAUUGGUUGCUGCACUUGCUGGAGACUUGCAAGGACGGAGUGGAGGAGUUAGAAUGCCCCCGGAAAGAGUCCGAGUUCAUGCUCCCGCUGUGCCGUGUGGGAGACCUGGAGGAGCGGAAGGUCCGCUCGAAGAUCGAAGACUAUUCGAGCCUGGCUUGCUGUUGCCUCGAACCCCGAUGGUCGCAUCCCGCAUUUUGGCGCGGCCAGUGGUUCAAGAGCCUUCAAGAGAUACCGCAACGGCACCGGGAUGGGGGCAAAGACAGACCAUGCCUCAUCCCGUAAGGCCCGUAUCGGCC